GAUGUGAUGUGGUUUUCAAAUAUUACAUCACGGGAUUAAAGAAACCAUAACUUGAUUGAAGUUGUUGGGAGAAACCGAGGUUAGUUUCGGUACCGCCCUCCAGGCAGCUGCAGUAUAAAGCAGUGUCGCAAUCAAACCGACCGUAGAUGAGAGCGAGCUGUGCUGCGCUGCCAUCCGGACACCUGUACCUCAUUUUUACCACAGAAUCUGAACGGGCUAUUUCAAAAGGGAGGAUGACUCCAGAGGAAGGCUCCAGGGCCAACUUAACCGAGAAAAGGAUGCAAACAGUUGGUCAGGCUCUUGAGGAGCUGCUGGUCACAGCCCAGAAGCAGGACUGUCUGACCAUAGGGAUCUAUGAGUCAGCUAAACUUCUAAAUGCAGACCCAGACAGUGUGGUGCUGUGUGUUCUGGCGGCGGACGACAAAGAUGAUGUGGCCUUGCAGAUCCACUUCACCCUUCUGCAGUCGUUCUGCUGCGACAGUGGCAUCACCAUCCUGCGUGUCUCUGGGGUGCACCGGCUCGGGGGGUUGCUGGGCCAACCCCGUGCUGCCCUAGAUGCCAGCAGAAACCAGGAAGAGCAUGGAGACCUCCACUGCAUCCUGGUCACGAACCCCCAGGCAGACCACUGCAGGCUACAGGAAGUGGGGACCUACUGUCAGGAGAGCCUACGCCUCGACCAGUGGGUGCCUGAACUGGUCCUGCAGGAGCGCUGAGGGGUUACCCCACCCCCCACUAAAACACAGCAACUAAA